AUGCGCCAGACGCAACCGCAGGAACUACUGCAAAUUGCACUAAGCGCUAAAAAUCGAUAUUUUGGCAUCAAGCCAAGCUAUGUUUUGAACGAACAUUCGGUUGAUUCUCAUCUGAUUGUUGAUUCGAGUUCAUCCGGUUCAGUGCUAAUAAAGGGCCUGUUGCUUCAACAAGCAGAGUUGUCAAUGUCAUCACCUCCACCACGUGCAUCUCGAAGGCAGCGAAAACAUAAAGAACGACAGUUGGAGCCUGGCCCUUCUGUACAAUUCCAACAACUGUGUCCUGAAGAACUGCAGCAAACUCGCCCUAAACAAACCGGAGAAACCUGUUUUAAACAAACUCAAGAAACCUGUUCUGAACAAUCUUCAGAAACCAACGUGGAGCAGACUCAUGAAUCCAUUUUAAAAGAGGAUCAGGAAAUCCGUCGUGAACAGCCUCAAGAAAUUCGUCCUGAAAAAGUACAAGUUCUGCGAUCACAGCGAUCUGAUGAUGCUCCUAUUGAACAAUCUGCAAUCACUCGCCAAAAUCAGCGGGAACAAAAAAAGACUAAGUCAAUAAAAUCUAAUGUUAUUUCUAAUCCUGCCCUAUCUCCAGUAUCAUAUGAUAGCCAUCCAGUAUCAUUCAGUAGCUCUUGGAAGAAAACUUUUCAAUGUCGGAAAACUGGACAAUCCAUUAAGCCUCAAAGCGUACCGGAAGGCUCAUUAAUGAGUUCGAUGACUGAAUUCGUGCAUGAUAUUAUUCCACAAACAACCAGUCCUAAAUUGGCUCCAGAACGGAUUAAUUGGGUCAAAAUGCAAAAAUGUAAUAAUGUAAAUGAUCAAAAACGUGUGGUUGACUUAGUGAUUAUUGGUCUCGCGAGGGGGUAUCAAAUUUGGGCUCGCAUGGAAAAUGGUGACUGUAAAGAAAUAUUAUCUGAACGGAAGGGUCCAAUUCAGUUAGGUCUUUUACUACCAGCGAAAUGUGAGCCAAGUUUUGGCAUUCAUAAUGAUCGGUACAAAAGUAGUCGUCCUUUAUUUGCUGUAGUUGAUGAAAGCCGACAUGUUUCGGGCAAAAAAUAUACCACAGUAUCAUUUCUGUCUCUUAUAAAAGCUCAGAUUGUGCAUAAAUUGUAUUUCACUGAUUCAGUACAAGAUCUUGCAACUUCUACCAAGAUAUUUGUUGUGUCAUUUGUUCAUCAUAUAGUGAUUUGUGAUAUGAUGACAUUACGGCAACAACGCAAAAUUAACAACACUCAAAUAAAUGAUGGCUUUGGCACUCCAUUUGCUAUUUCGGAUACUUUCUUAGCAUUUGCCAAUUCCAAAUUGUGUCAAGAAUAUCAGAGUUGUGGUGGAAUGGAAAGUGAAGAUUUAUUCCAAGACUCGUCCAGUUAUAGUAUAGUAAGUGUGGCAAGGAAUUUCACCAAGACAUUGACAUCAUUUAGCAAUUCAAUCUUUCCAUUUUCAUCAUCUCAACAAUCAAAAGAACUCCUGAGUUCAGUGGCCCAACCAGGCGUCAUAACAGUGGUGGAUGUAAAUAAAAUUCCUGCAGAUAGUAGUACAGAUGAUUCAAAAUAUGCAGAUGCAGUUAUAGCACAUUUUGUUGCUCAUACAGAACCAGUCGGUUUCAUAGCUUUCGGAAAUGGUGGACAACUUGUUUUAACUUCAGGCAAUCCUCGACAAUCUUCAACUUAUUUUCACCUAUUUCAUAUUUAUCCUCACCCUGGAUCUCCGUUGCUUGGUGCUGUCCGUCAUCUUUAUACAUUAUAUCGUGGCACUACUCCUGCUAAAGUAGUUGACUGUAGUUUCUCUGCUGAUAAUCGUUGGCUGGCACUGGCUACAAAUCAUGGAACUACACAUAUAUUUGGCAUAUGUCCAUAUGGCGGUAAAGUAACUUUACGUACUCAUGGUGAUGAGAUUGUUAACAAGGAGUCUAGGUACCGUCGCUCUGCAGGUUUGCCUGAUUCAGAUUAUGUUCCUAUACAAAUUCCUAGUGAAACAAAAAAGGAAGCUCAGCAGUAUACAACUGCCCAACUUUUCAGAGGACAUCCUUAUAUCUCUCGAGUCAACAUUGCCCGUUCAGUAGAAAAUCCACGAAUUGGUCCUUAUCCAAGUCCAAUAGGUAUGGAAGCAUAUGUGAGGAUCAAGCAACGUUUCUAUUCGGCUGACAACUUGAGUGCAUGGGCUUCUGACAUGACUCCAUCUUCUUUGACUGCUGGAACUAGUCCCAAAUAUGUCAGCAAGCCUGGUCAUAAUCAUCGUUUGGCGAUUUCAUUUUCAUCAAAUUCAAUAUUUAAUUCGAAUAGUAUUUCUUUGCUCGUCGUGAACAAUGACGGUGUAUUAACGGAAUAUCUAUUAUCGGUCUCACCAGUUCCUUAUAGUGGGACAAGUGGGAUGUUUUCAGCCACUACAGCGCCCUCAAAGAUUUAUCCUGAUGAAACGCUAAUCCAGUGUACACUAACGACUGCGGUGCAGUGGAUAUUGCAAAGGAACAAGUCAUUAUCGGACGUUCGUACACCCAUUUGUGCGCAUAAUCCUUUAUGGACAUGGCUUGUACCUGAAACUGUGAAUGAAGUCCAGAAAGAGGAAGUUGACGAUAAAUGGAUAAGUCAGAUUGAAGUGUUGACUUAUUUAGCACCUCAUCGACGUCUAUGGAUGGGACCUCAGUUCUCAUUUAGGACAUAUAUUCAGCCUUCACAACACACUAGUGCUGAAUUGGUUACUCCUGGAUCAGAUCGUGAUUAUGAAAGAUAUCGUGCCGGGAAAACAAAAUCACUUCCUGUAACAGUUGAAGCUGCAGGAUCAUUUGGAAGUUUUAGUGCUGGGGAACCUACUGAAAUUGUUGAAGGAAGUUGGUCUAGUGAUUUAGAUGCUAAAGAUAUUGAGAAACAAAGGCUACUAGAAAAGAAACUUCAAGAAGCAAUGAUGGAUGUGGUGUCUGAUAAAGACGAAUCUCAUGAAGGCAGUGAUGAUGCAUGCAGUGAGAAUUCGCAUCGUAGUGUUGGUGGUUCAUCACAUAACAGCAUUAGUUUACAAUUUUCAAAUUUGGAAUUGUAA